AUGGGCAAGCAGUUUACUCUAGCCGAGGUGGCUGAGCACAAUACGAAGGGCGAUUUAUACAUUGUCUUGCGUGGUAAAGUCUACGACCUUACGCCAUUUGUUGACGACCAUCCUGGGAGCGCAGAAAUUUUGAUUGAUGCCGCAGGACAAGAUUGCACAGAGGCUUAUGAUGAUGCCGGACACUCUGAUGAAGCAAAUGAGAUUCUCCCGGAACUUGAAAUUGGCACAGUCAGCGUUAUGAAUCCGCUAGUCGAUGCAUCUUUGGUACCACAAGUCAUCACGAAUGGUGUCGAACAAGUCAAGGAGAUUACCAGUGGGGUCCUGAAGCCUGAUGUUUUCCAAGAGUUUGAGCUGCAUCAAAAGACGGAAAUUUCACACAAUGUCGCUAUAACUUGGAGAAUUGGGCUCAUGAAUUCGUCUGCCGUCAGUUACCGGUUCAAACUACCAACUGAGGGGUCUAUCUUGGGUUUGCCGAUUGGUCAGCACAUUUCUAUCGGAGCGAUGCUCACCCAGCCGGAUGGCACGGAGAAAGAGGUCAUUCGAUCCUACACUCCUAUAUCUGGAGACCAUCAACCUGGAUAUUUUGAUUUAUUAAUCAAGGUCUACCCUCAAGGUAACAUCACCCAGCAUCUGGCGGGGUUAAAGCUAGGGAACAGUAUUCGGGUUCGAGGGCCUAAAGGCGCCUUCACUUACACAAAGAACAUGGUCCGCCACUUUGGUAUGAUCGCCGGCGGCACAGGGCUCACACCUAUGCUACAAAUUAUCCGGGCUAUCGUACGUGGCCGAGCAGAGGGUGAUGAGACUGAGGUAGAUCUCAUCUUUGCCAACGUCAACGAACAUGACAUCCUGCUACGGGAGGAUUUGGAGCACAUUGCCAAGACUGACGAUGGAAUCCGCAUCCACCAUGUUUUAAAUAACCCUCCGGGGAAUUGGUCGGGUGGCGUGGGCUUUGUCAACUCGGACAUGAUCAGCGUGAGUUAA